AUGCAAUCAUCAAAUCAGAAAAAUCUUGAUAUCAAUACAAUUCUUUCUAUAAUCCCUUAUCCACCGAAAGUUACCCCUCAGGAUCUAAUCAUGAAUGCAGGUGCAAGACUUGAAAAAAGUGGAGAAAUAUCCAGAAUUCCUAAUGCAUUUAUCGCAUUUCGCAUGGAUGUCUGUCGCGAACUUCGUGUUAUUAGCGAUUGCAGGAUGAAUCAACCUCAACUUUCUUUAAUGUGCAAGGCUUCAUGGGACAAUCAACCGGAAUAUGUCCGUAAUGCAUAUCAACAUAUUGCAGCAUCUGCAGGAAUACUUUACAAAAGAAUGAUUCAGAAACGCAUUCAGCAAGGACAAAAUGAUAAAAAAGUGACAUUAUAUGAGCAGACACCAUUUUUAGAUGACGAAAUGAAAGAAAGGCUUGAUUCCAAAGAUCAAUUUGAAAAUCUUUCUUUUGUAAAUAUGACCUCUUCCGAAAUGCUCGCGCGGAAUACUUCGAGAUUGACAUCAAAUACAGCAUCUGGUCAUGUUCUUCCUAAUCGGAUCCAUCAAAAUGAAAAUCCAAAUUCGACUAUUGAAGAAUCAUCAAAUUUAGCGAACUUUGGACAACCUGAAAUUAAUUCGAAUAUAACUCUUCCCGUUGAUUUACGAGAAUCAUGUUUAGAAGGAAGCCAAUCUUCAUAUUGUGAUUCUUCUUCCGGCGAAAUUAAUUUUGUUUCGAUGAAUUCGGAAAAUGUAAUGAAGUCGACGAGUUUUAAAUCUUUCGAUAACGGAAACUAUGAAUUUCAUUUUGAUAACCCUUUUUUUUCAACUUCUAAUAAUUUGACUGAACCGCACCAACCGGAUCAACGAGAACAUCAUCUAAUUAACGUUUUUGCUAUGAACAAUGAUGUCAUUGAAAAUUCACACGUACACGAUAAAUGUGAUGCAGAAAACCAGAUUACCGAAUUGUACUCAAAAGUUAAAUUUUUAGAACAAAAACUUGAUAGUUUAAUGAAUUUUUUAAACGAAAAAGGAAUUAAGAUGAACGAAUGA